AAUCUGUUUACAACCAAAGGGGGAGACACAAGUUGGAAUUUCUAUUUCUCUCUUUUAAUUUUUUUUUUUUAAUACUGUUUGGAGAAUUCAAAGCAAAACAAAGAAACUGUCUCCUCUAGGGUUGUCAGUGAGAAAGGACAAGCUGUGCAACUGGUUUGGAAUUUGCAAAAAGGCAAGGGGGUGGGGAUCAGAAGAAGGUGCAAAACCACAAAGUACCUUUCUGCAUCUAAGAUGGUGAAGAAAGGAGUGAGGAAGAGAACAAAAUAACUACUGGGAAGUCUCAAACCAGGACUCGAAGGAUUAAAAGGCAGCAACUUCUGAGGCGAUUUGUCCCCUGAGUUAUGGAUGUUGGUGCACUUACUUCAGGCCAGAUCAGAGCUCGGAGGGAUCUAACCAGAAGCAGCAACCACCGGCUCUCCACUUGCCUUUUACCAGGUUUUACCCUUCCAGUAUGUUUCAUUUGAUUAGACAUUUUCCAGCGCCCAGAGUUUCAGUACAAUGUGCAAAUGGAUACUGACAAAUGGUGCCUCAGCCUUUUCCCACCUGCUUUGUUGCUGCUUGCUGCUGCUCUUCUCGGCAUCUUCUGUGCCUGUCACCUGCCAUGACCUCGGCCAGGACAUGCUGUCCCCGGAAGCCACCAACUCUUCUUCUUCAUCGUCCUCCUCCUUCCCCUCGUCCUUCUCCUCUCCUUCCAGUGCGGGGAGACACGUGCGGAGCUACAAUCACCUCCAAGGUGAUGUGCGCAAGAGGAAGCUCUACUCUUACAACAAGUACUUUCUCAAGAUCGAGAAGAACGGCAAGGUCAGCGGCACCAAGAAGGAGAACUGCCCCUUCAGCAUAUUGGAGAUAACAUCUGUAGAAAUCGGAGUUGUAGCAGUUAAGUCCAUUAAGAGCAACUAUUAUUUAGCCAUGAACAAGAAAGGAAAAGUCUACGGCUCUAAGGAGUUUAACAGUGAUUGCAAAUUGAAGGAAAGAAUAGAAGAAAAUGGAUAUAACACAUAUGCUUCCUUAAAUUGGAAGCACAAUGGAAGGCAAAUGUUCGUGGCCCUGAAUGGAAGGGGAGCCACAAAGAGAGGACAGAAAACAAGAAGGAAAAACACUUCAGCUCACUUUCUUCCAAUGGUAGUAAUGCCAUAGAUGAAGGAAAUAUUUUAUUGAUGCAGUUGAAUCAAAGGCUCUUAUGUCAAGAAUAUUUGGUAAUCCUCUUGAAGAGUAAAUGCAAGGAAAUAGUGCAGACAUCUGCUUGUUUGUAAAGAGAGCAGGGGAAGCCUUUGAAGGUUUUGUACUCAUUGCUGGCACAUGAAAUACUUUUAUUUAGUUUGGUAUCAUAUCUUAUAAUCAAGAUACAAGCUGGAUCAAAUGGGAUGGAAGUUAUUGCCAAUGUGAACAAUUUUUUUUAAUCUCUGAGACAGAACUUAAGGGACUUGAGACAAUCUGUUGAAUGAUCUUCGUGGGGAAAGUUAUUUAUAGAUUACUAACUCAUAUCAAAGACCUUAAUUGCUCAUUCAAGCCUAAUGAUCCAAUGAACAGUUAGACAUGCUAGCAUUUACUGGAAGCACUUGGAUCACAUGCACAAAUAAUGACAUUUCUGGAGAAGCCUUGUGGAAGAAUGGAUAGGAUUAAGGAGUAUAAGCAAAGUAGUGUAAAACUGUUCUAACAAAAUGAACAGUGUGGUUUGCUUGUAUGUUCUAAC